AUGGAUUACCUGCAACCUAUAACAACUACAUCAUCUAAUCAAAGUGAUGAUAUGAAUACGUGCUUCCAACAAACAAAAACUUCAGAAGAUAAGUUGUCGAAAGUGGACUUAGGAGACUUGUUUGAAUCGUUCGUUCGCGAUACAACUGUUAAGUUUGAUGUUCCCAAAGAUAUCAAGGAAUAUAUCCAUGAUUUACUUGGUGGGGAUAUUGAAAUCCUAUGGACCGGUGGAAUUUGA